UCUGCACAGCGCUAUCUAUGGUGCGGGAGGACCGAGUAGAUUGACAGGAGGGCUUGUCAUAGGCAGAGGGCUGCGGAGAAGUGCCUGGUAGUCACCCUGUCAGCGCCCGGCGCCCACGAUGCAGAGGAACAUGCUGCUGGCAGUCAGACUUGGUGUGACCUGUCAAAGGUCUGGCUUUCUAAGAUCUCUGAUGACAGCAAGCACCAUGCACUCUAAAGGCCAGCUAGUAGAUAUGAAUGAAGGAUGCAUACCAGUCCAUGUGAAUAAUGUGCGUAAUAAACUGAGGGAAAUAGUUGGAGCCUCUACAAACUGGAGAGAUCAUGUACAAGCCAUGGAGGAAAGGAAGACUCUACAAUCUCUUCUGGCCAAGAAGCAAGAAGAUCUCCCUACUCGUAGGAUGAAGGACAGUUACAUUGAGGUUAUGUUGCCGCUUGGUAGCGAACCACAGCUGAGAGAAAAGUACCUGAAUGUAUACAACAAUGUCCGGUUUGGGAGAAUCCUUGAAGACCUGGACAGCCUUGGAGUUCUCAUCUGUUAUACUCACACAAAGUCAGAGUCACGUAAUAUGUCUCCUCUGUCAAUAGUCACUGCUCUGGUGGACAAGAUAGAUCUUCGUAAGCAGAUUAUUUCUCCUGAUUGUGAUAUCAAGUUUACAGGCCAUGUGUCUUGGGUUGGAAAGACCUCAAUGGAAGUUAAAAUGCACAUGUUACAGCUCCAUAAUGGCAUUUACAGUCCAGUUUUGGAUGCAACAUUUGUUAUGGUGGCCAGAGAUCCAGAGAACAAGAGACCUGCAUUUGUCAAUCCAUUAGUUCCUGAUGGUCCUGAAGAGGAAAGCCUUUUCCACCAAGGAGAAUUGAACAAGGUGAGAAGGGUCGAAUUCAGCACAGCAUCGUUACUAAAAAUGGCUCCAACAGCUGAAGAAAGGAAGAUUGUACAUGACAUGUUUCUAAACACGCUCGAUACAAAGACGGUCAGCUUCAGGAGCCGUGUUUUGCCACCUAAUUCAGUUUGGAUGGAAGAUGCUAAAUUUAAGGGGUUGGAAAUUUGUCACCCUCAGGAAAGGAACAUCUUCAACAGGAUCUUUGGUGGUUUUCUAAUGAGGAAAGCAUAUGAAUUGGCAUGGGCAACUGCAUGCUCUUAUGGGAGUACAAGGCCGUAUGUUGUAGCUGUUGAUGACAUCAUGUUCCAGAGACCAGUGGAGAUUGGGUCAUUGCUAUUCCUUUCCUCUCAGGUGUGUUACACAGAGAACAACUACAUCCAGAUCAGGGUGCACACCGAGGUUUCCGAUCCUAUCACUCAGGAACACCACACAACUAACAUCUUCCACUUUACAUACAUGUCAGAUCAAGAAGUGCCGCAGGUUGUUCCACAGACGUAUGGAGAGUCAAUGUUGUAUUUGGAUGGAAAACGACAUUUUGAUGCAGUGGUGCGAAACAGAAAUGGUCAAAGCAAGAGCUCUUAAACAAUGGGUAUUACAGCUGCUGCCAGUAAGGAAGGAUCAUGAUACUACUUACCAAAGAAAGACGUCUCCUGCAAUGUCUUCCAAUAUGUUUAGUGCAUUUUUAUAUAUUCAUUUUGCUGCUCUUAAAGGGUUUCUGUCACCAGAAUGAACCCUAUUAAACUGGCUGACAUUAGAUGUGCUAAU